CACAAAAGCAACAUCCAACACAAUGAAUAGCCUCGUACGCUCACGGCUGACGCUCAAGCGCGGUCUCGCUACCGUCGCUGAUGCACCCAAAAAGACAUUCGGCAACCUACGGGAUCAAGAUCGUAUCUUCACAAACCUCUACAGCCACCAUGAACCGACUCUCAAAAAUGCUAUGAAGUACGGAGACUACUACAAGACCAAAGAACUCCUCCUCAAGGGCGAUGAUUGGAUCAUCUCUGAAAUGAAGGCAUCGGGACUUCGUGGACGUGGCGGCGCUGGUUUCCCAAGCGGUCUGAAGUGGUCCUUUAUGAACAAGCCUGGAUGGCAAAAAGACCCGCGGCCUCGGUACCUUGUCAUCAAUGCAGAUGAAGGUGAACCUGGUACCUGCAAGGAUCGUGAGAUUAUGCGUAAAGACCCACACAAGCUUGUUGAGGGAUGUUUGUUGGCUGGUCGUGCCAUGAAUGCAACGGAUUGCUACAUCUACAUCCGCGGUGAGUUUUACAAUGAAGCGAGUACGUUGCAGACUGCCAUCAACGAGGCGUACGCAGCGGGUUACCUUGGCAAGGAUAUCUUGGGAACUGGCUACAAUUUCAACAUCUACCUCCACCGCGGUGCCGGCGCUUACAUCUGUGGCGAGGAGACAAGUCUGAUUGAGUCUAUUGAAGGCAAAGCUGGCAAGCCCCGUCUCAAGCCUCCGUUCCCAGCAGACGUCGGUCUCUUCGGUUGCCCAACCACCGUCACCAAUGUCGAAACGGUCGCUGUUGCACCCACCAUUUUGCGCCGUGGUGCUUCGUGGUUUGCCGGUAUGGGACGUGAUCGUAAUGCAGGCACAAAGCUGUUUGCCAUCUCGGGACACGUCAACCAUCCCUGUACUGUCGAGGAGGAGAUGUCGAUUCCGUUGCGUGAGCUGAUUGACAAGCACUGUGGCGGCGUUCGUGGUGGAUGGGAUAACCUGCUCGGUGUCAUCCCUGGUGGUUCUAGUGUGCCUGUGCUCAACAAGGUUCAGUGUGAAGAUGCACUCAUGGACUUUGACUCACUCAAGGACUUGCAGAGUGGUUUGGGUACCGCUGCCGUCAUUGUGAUGGACAAGUCAACGGAUAUUGUUGCUGCCAUUUCUCGAUUGUCGGCAUUCUACCAACAUGAAUCUUGUGGACAGUGCACACCCUGCCGAGAGGGCACCACCUGGCUCGCCAACAUGAUGGCGCGUUUCGAGCGUGGUGAAGCGCGAGAGCGUGAAAUUGAUCAAAUCUGGGAACUCUCAAAGCAAAUUGAGGGACGGACGAUUUGUGCCCUUGGUGACGCUGCAGCGUGGCCAGUGCAGGGACUCAUCCGAAACUUUAGACCAGAGAUGGAGGCACGUAUUCAGCAGGCGAGGGCGAAGAGUGGUAAUGAGUUCCUUGCUGGCGGACACUUGGCUGGGCAGGUGAGGCCAGGUGCUGAGAUUGCACCGGGACAGCAACUCUGAUGACCUCUUCUAGCUCUGUUCUCUUGUAGUCUAUGCCUCGAUACUUCUUGAAGUCUUCUUUCUCCUGCCUCUUCUCCCCCAUCUCGUCGCACUGUCUCGCUGACGUACAAAUGGCGACAUCUUCCAAGAGACUACAGACUACCAUCCUCCUCAAUCAUGUUCAAGACUUCCCUCAAAGCCG